UUUUGGCAUUUGAAAUAACAAAAAAGAACCGGCAGCAAUUUAAAAGCAAAAACAGCAAUUUUAUUAUAAAAUUUCAUGAACAAAUGCAACAAAUUACACCAACUAUUCUCUCUGAAGUAAUUGAAAAAGUGUUAAAUCGUAUAGAAGAACGUUUGUUAAAUUCACACGAAAAACAAUUAACAACUCAGGAAUAUAUCGAAUUAAAUGUUCUUUUCCAAGAAGAGGUUUUGGCUAAAGCUUUUCAUAUAAUCGAUACACAAACAAUAGUUUCUUACCGCCAAGAAAACACAACAAAUGAACUAAUUGAAUUUGCUGGUUCAUGGCCGUCCCAAACGGUUUAUAAACUUUUUCCUUUUAUCAACUUUUGCCAUUGUACUUUUUUCAAAGACGAAAUUCUUAAAGCACCCGAACCAGCUUAUUACACUUGUGAACAUGUUAUUGCCGCUCGAUUGGCAAGAAUUUUAAACAAACUUAAAAUUGAAAUACUUCCAAAGCAUAAAUUCAAUUUCAUACAAAAACAAAUUGCUCCGCAAGACUAA